UUUUAUUCCAUGUGAUCAUUAAGGUUAGUUUCUUGCGAUUAAGUGUGUAAGGAAGUUUUAAAUUACGUAUUAUAUUAAGGUAUUAUUUAAAUAAAAAUAAAUUUAUACAAUUACAGUUACAUAGUAAAUAUGAAUAUUGAUAAAAAUAUUGUGAGCAUCUUAAAAUCUGUUUUUGGUUAUGAAAAUUUUAAAAACAAUGUUCAGAAGAAAGCUAUAAUUGCUAUUUGUAAAGGUUUUAAAAAUAUAUUUAUAUCAAUGCCUCCUGGAUUUGGUAGAUCUCUUUGUUUUCAAUUACCAGUUCUUUUAUAUAAGAACAAAGUUGGAAUUAUCUUCUCUCCAAAAUUAUCUUUUAUUAAGAAAGAAAUAGAAUUUUUAAAAAGCAAACAAAUUAAUGCUGCUUUUUUAAGUAAAAAGUCAAAAACAAAUGAAAGAGAUAAUAUUUUGAAUGAUUUAGCAUCAAAAUGUCCAACAAUAUCAUUAUUGUAUGCAACUCCUGAAAUGGGGACAAUGACAUAUUUUAUGCAACUUAUACUUUCAUUGAAAGAGCGUACAAUAUUAUCUUAUAUUGUAUUCAAUGAAGUACAUUGUAUAAGUGAAUGGGGAUAUGAAUAUAUACCUUGUUAUGCAAAAAUUAUUAAAAUUCAUGAAAUAUAUAAACAUAUUCCAAAAAUUCUAGUAACUACAACUGUUACUUAUAAGGUAAUAAAAGUAAUUCAAAUUAUUGUCAUUAAAUAUAUAUAUUUGAUUCUUCUGAAUAAAAUAUUUCAACAGGUAAUUGAAGAUAUUUGCAAAUUAUUACCAUUAGAAAGUCCAAAAAUUUUUAGAAUGCCUGUACAACAAAUCAAUAUACUUUAUGAUGUCUGGUUUUUAGAUAUAAUUUCUCAUCCAUUUGAUCAUCUUAGAAAAUUUUUUGUACAAACUUUUGGUUUCUUAGAUUUAUCUUCUCAGGAGAUACAUAAAAAAUUUGGCGUUAUUUACUGUAGAGAUAUAAUCACUGCAGAAUUGUUAAAAAAGGAAUUAAAUACUUUAGGCAUAUCUUCACUUACCUAUCAUCAUAAAUUAAAUAAUAGUACAAAAUAUAAUAUUGAAAAUAAUUGGAUAUCUGGAAAAGUUCAUGUUAUCAUUACAACAUAUGAUUAUGGAUUUAUUCACAAGAAAUCAAUUAGAUGUAUAGUUUAUUGGACAGUGCCUGAGAAUAUUAGCAAAUAUUAUAAAGAAACUGCACAAAUAUGUUCAAAUAAUAGUCGUGUAUAUUGUAGAAUAUAUUUUAGCAUGAAAGAAUAUCUUGCUGUAAAAUUUGUUAUUGAAAAUCAUAGACUAAUGAACAAUAUGAAUCAUAUCAAGAAACGAUUACUCGAAUAUGAAAAAUUCGUAUCCUAUUGUCUUUCAGUAAAAUGUCGACAUGAAAUCAUUAGUGAAUAUUUUGGAUACAAAAUACCGUCUUGUAAAAUGAAUUGCGAUGUCUGUAUAAAUGAAGAAAUGGUAACGAUUAGAACAUUUAAAUUUAUUAUGUAUUCAGAAAAAAUGAAAGGAAUCACAUACGGUCGUGAUAUUAAUGAAUUCGUAAAGAAAAAAGAAAUAGAAUUAAAUAUUACAGAAAAAACAGAAGACAGUUUGAAAAUACAAAUAUCAGAAAAUUCUAGUAAUAAUAUUAUUGUACAUAAAAAUGAUGAUAUAUUAUGUAGUGAACAAUAUAAAAAUAAGUUAAUGAAAGACAAACAAAAACCAUUGUUUAUUGAAAAUAUAUUAAUUAAAGAACAAUUAGAAAAAAAUUAUAUUGAAAUUAAUACAAAAAAUACAUUAAAAUGCGCGAAAGAUAAUUCUAACACGAUAGAGACAAGCAAACUUGCGAUAAUAAAUUCUUUAUUAAAUAAAUACAAUUCAGAUAGAAAAGAGAUAUCUUUAAAACCUUAUUAUUCUCAAGAAAAUAUUUCUAAAUUUUCUAAAUUAAAAGAAAUAAUUAAUAUCAAAACUUAUAAUAAUCAAUGUGAACAAAAAAAUGAGAAUAAAAGGACAGAAGUUUUAAAAAAUAAAAAUGAAAUAAAGAUAUGUGAAAGAAAGGACCAUAUUUCAAAGCAAAAAUCUUGCGAAAUUAUUAUUGAAAAGAAACAAUCAAAUAAAAGAUCAAGAGAUAUUAUGCAUACAUGUCUUGAGGACUACAAUCCAAAAAGAAAAAAAUUGAAACUUGAAAAUAAAUCAAUCACUAAAACAAUAAAUAGAGAUGGAGAAAAUGUUUUUGAUUCAUGCAUUGAACGCAUCAAGGAUGACGUAAAUAUAAACGCGACGUGUGAUCAUGCAACGGUAGAAUAUUUAAUGAAUAAAUUUCAGUUGAAUAGAAAUUCAAUAACGCUAAUACCAAUAAAGAAAUUAAAUUAGAGUGAAUUAAUAUCUUUUCUUCAAAA